CCAGCUAGGAUGGCGGUGCUGCCGGCUGCGUGAACGAAAGGUGCCGGGGAAUCACCCUGUGAGGAACCGAACCUAAACUAUGUUGCUGAAAUACACAACAAGUACUUAAAGGGAUACAGAAGAAGCAUCACUUUAUUGAAGACAACAUGGGAAAUACAACUACGAAAUUUCGCAAAGCACUUAUAAAUGGAGAUGAAAAUUUGGCCUGCCAAAUAUAUGAGAGUAAUCCUCAGCUGAAAGAAUCUCUGGAUCCCAAUAUUUCUUACGGAGAGCCUUACCAGCACAACACUCCAUUACACUAUGCUGCUAGGCAUGGAAUGAACCGAAUUUUAGGGACUUUUCUUUUUGUUAGAGAUGGAAACCCAAAUAAACAGAAUGUGCACAAUGAGACGUCUAUGCACUUGCUUUGUAUGGGACCUCAAAUUAUGAUAUCGGAUGGAGUUCUUCAGCCUCGCUUGACUCGGCCCUUUGAGGACGAUUUCAGAAGAGCAGAUUGUUUGCAGAUGAUCUUGAAAUGGAAAGGAGCAAAGCUUGACCAAGGAGAGUAUGAAAGAGCAGCUAUUGAUGCUGUAGAUAACAAAAAAAAUACACCAUUGCACUAUGCUGCUGCCUCAGGGAUGAAGACCUGUGUAGAGCUUCUAGUGAAACAUGGUGGAGACUUGUUCGCUGAAAAUGAAAAUAAAGAUACUCCUUGUGAUUGUGCAGAGAAGCAGCAUCACAAAGAAUUGGCACUCAAUCUAGAAUCCCAGAUGGUGUUCUCACGAGAUCCUGAAGCUGAAAGCAUUGAAGCAGAAUAUGCUGCUUUAGACAAAAGAGAGCCAUAUGAAGGACUAAGACCUCAGGACCUGCGGAGGCUCAAGGAUAUGCUGAUUGUAGAAUCUGCAGACAUGCUUCAAGCCCCGCUGUUUACAGCAGAAGCUUUGCUUCGAGCACAUGACUGGGACAGGGAGAAGUUACUUGAAGCAUGGAUGUCUAAUCCAGAAAAUUGCUGCCAACGUUCAGGUGUUCAAAUGCCAACUCCGCCUCCAAGUGGAUAUAAUGCUUGGGACACACUUCCUUCACCAAGAACUCCUCGGACUACUCGUUCUUCUAUCACCUCACCAGAUGAAAUCAGCCUGUCACCAGGAGACAUUGAGACAACUAUGUGUGAAAUCUGUAUGUGUAAUAUUUCUGUGUUUGAAGACCCAGUGGAUAUGCCUUGUGGACAUGAAUUUUGUAGAGCAUGUUGGGAGGCGUUUUUGAAUAUGAAAAUUCAAGAGGGUGAAGCCCACAAUAUUUUUUGCCCAGCAUAUGAUUGCUUCCAGCUUGUUCCAGUGGAGAUCAUAGAAAGUGUGGUUUCCAAGGAGAUGGAUAAACGUUACCUACAAUUUGACAUUAAGGCCUUUGUUGAAAAUAAUCCUUCUAUUAAAUGGUGCCCUACACCAGGCUGUGAAAGAGCAGUCAGGCUAACAAGACAGGGGUCAAAUACUACAGGUUCAGAAACACUUAGUUUCCCCUUGCUAAGAGCCCCUGCAGUGGAUUGUGGAAAAGGGCAUCUCUUCUGCUGGGAAUGUCUUGGUGAGGCACAUGAACCUUGUGACUGUGAAACAUGGAAGAAUUGGCUGCAGAAGAUAACAGAAAUGAAACCUGAAGAGCUUGUGGGAGUUAGUGAAGCGUAUGAAGAUGCUGCCAACUGCUUAUGGUUACUCACCAAUUCUAAACCAUGCGCCAACUGCAAAUCUCCAAUUCAAAAGAAUGAAGGCUGCAACCAUAUGCAAUGUGCAAAGUGUAAAUAUGAUUUCUGUUGGAUAUGCUUGGAAGAAUGGAAGAAACAUAGUUCUUCCACUGGAGGUUAUUAUAGAUGCACUCGCUAUGAAGUGAUUCAACAUGUAGAGGACCAAUCCAAGGAAAUGACAGCAGAGGCUGAAAAGAAACACAAAAGAUUUCAAGAACUUGAUAGAUUUAUGCACUAUUACACAAGGUUUAAAAACCAUGAGCUCAGCUAUCAGUUAGAACAACGCCUUCUAAAAACAGCCAAAGAAAAGAUGGAGCAGCUGAGCAGAGCUCUCAGUGGAACUGAGGGACGUUGUCCAGAUACCACAUUCAUUGAAGAUGCAGUCCAAGAACUCCUGAAAACCCGGCGCAUCCUGAAGUGUUCUUACCCAUAUGGAUUCUUUCUGGAACCCAAAAGCACAAAAAAGGAAAUAUUUGAACUUAUGCAGACAGACCUUGAAAUGGUCACAGAGGAUCUUGCUCAGAAAGUAAACAGGCCUUACCUUCGCACUCCUCGUCAUAAAAUUAUUCGGGCGGCCUGCCUUGUACAGCAGAAGAGGCAAGAGUUUUUGGCAUCUGUGGCCCGUGGAGUUGCUCCUGCAGAUUCUCCUGAAGCUCCAAGGCGCAGCUUUGCUGGAGGAACAUGGGAUUGGGAAUAUUUAGGAUUUGCAUCCCCUGAGGAAUAUGCUGAAUUUCAGUAUCGGAGGAGGCACAGACAGCGUCGGCGUGGAGAUAUGCACAGCCUGCUUAGUAAUGCUGCGGACCCAGAUGACCCUAGUGAAAGCACGCUAGAUACCCAAGACGCUGGCAGUAACAGAAGACAUGGUAAUUCCAUGGUGAGUUCUGCUUCCAUGAGCAUCCUUCACAGCUCAUCUCUUCAUGACUAUACUCCUGUCAGUCGCUCUGAAAACCAAGAUUCUCUGCAGGCUCUGAGUUCCUUGGAUGAAGACGACCCCAAUAUCCUCCUUGCUAUUCAGUUAUCAUUGCAAGAAUCUGGCUUGGUUAUUGAUGAGGAAACUAGAGACUUUCUGACUAAUGAAGCUUCUCUAGGAGCAAUAGGUACUUCUUUGCCUACAAGGUUAGACUCUGGUCCCAUAAAUAUAGACAACCCAAGGGCUGCUUUAAGUAGCUCAGAGCUAUUAGAACUUGGUGAUAGUCUGAUGAAACUAAGCACAGACAGUGAUCCCUUUUCAGCCGACCACCUUAGUUCUCAUACUUUCAGUGAUGCAAGAAGUGGAUUAUAUUCAACCUCUAGUGAAGCCGAUUCGAGUACCCAAGACCCCAAUAUAAAUGAAAACCUCCUCGGAAACAUUAUGGCCUGGUUCCAUGACAUGAAUCCUCAGAGUAUUGCGCUCAUUCCUUCAGCAAGUACAGAAACCGAUGAUGAUCCACAGCAGCCCAGUACUGAAGAAGGCUUGGUAGAGCAGCCACAUAUUCCCAGUGUGCGACAGGACCCUCUGGAAGAGCAUGCACUUUUUGAGGAUGCACUGAAAAACGAAGGCAGAUGCACCCAGACGGAAGAGAGUGCUGCAGCUGGAGCUGUUCUCCCCGAUGAAGCGGCACUGCAAAGUGGUGACUCUGCUGGGAAGUCUGCUAGCCAGGUUGACGCUUCAGGAGAUGCUUCAAGUCAGACAUCCCAAACCUCAACUGAGUGGACUGAGCAUGUACAUUUGGUGUGACCACAAAAAAAAAAGUUUGAACAUAGAAAUUGAUUACAGAGCCAGACAGGCUAGGCAGUUGCCAGAGGUACACAAUGUGGCGUAAGCAUUCUGGAGACUGGCCCACGUAAGGAGAGCUCAGUUGUUUACUGGUAAUGUAGAGGUGGAAGACGUAGGAGUUCCCUUAAAGUUCCUUAUAAAGAUUAUACAAAUCUUUCAGGGAAUUUCCAUUGCAUUUAACAGCAUCUUGUUUGCUUUGACGAGAGAGGAAUAAAUAGUUUGUACUCUACAUUCCUAAUACAAUGCAGCAUCUAUUUAGCCUUAGGCGGGUGAUCCUUAACUUGAAAGUAUGGAUUAAAGGCUUACUAAGAUUCAUUUGGGUUACUGAUCCUAAGAAACCAUUUUCUCCUUCCCCUCUCCUUUAUUCUAACUGUCUUUUAACAAAACUGUGCUUAGCAGUACGUUUUUCUUUAUACCUUGCUUUUUACAUAGCCUUUUGCCCAACUAAUCUUUAACUAGCGGUGUGAAUUGAAGUAUAUGAUACUUCUCUUUAAUGCUGCUUUCAAACCAAGAAGUGGGAUUUUUUUUUUCUAAUUCAAAUCAAAGAUUUUUUCAUGUCUAUUUACAGUAUAGAAGUGCCAAACUGUGAAUAGCAAAUCAAUUUCAACACAAAGUAUGCAGUUUUUCCUGUCUUAAAAGCUGACCCAUAAUUCUUAGCGAUGGAAAAACCACUGGAAAGCAUUCCCCUUCAGAAAUUUAGCUGGCAUUUAUUGCCAUAGUGACUGCAUUCAUAAAACCUGUACCUUAAGUUAAUUAAGCCUAAUUCUGCUGUUAAGAACAGUUAUUUUAAACAUUGAAGUACAGUUGAUUAGCAGCAGCUAUACUGUAUUGAAAGACACUUUAAUGGAAGUGCAAUCAUAGUUCCUUGUUUUCCAUAAUUAACAAUGCAUUCUAUGCACUGUUGGUGCAGUUGUGUUUAAUGGUAACAUUUUAUAAAAAAAAUGAAAUUUCCUUUAAGUUUAGAGGCAGUCCCACAAUAAAGGUGUAAUAAUACUUGUUACAUGCAACAUGUAUACCGUGCCUUUGCCUAAUCCAAACAGAUAGUUGCCACAGUUAAAUGAUUAAUUAAGUUCAGUUAUCUCUUUUGGAGUUACUGUGCUAUGAAUUGCAAAGACCUCCAUUUAAAAAAAAAUAAAAAAAACCACUCAUGGCCUUGCCUUUACAAUAAAUAAUUGCAUAGGGUAUGAUUCUGCACCGUGUCGGCACAGCAAGGAAGGACACCCUGUAGGACUCACAGAACUCUGUUUCCCCCCUCCUCCAUCUCUUGGCAUGUGUGCUGGAGCAGCAGUCCAAGUAAUGGGAAGUCUUUGCAUGCCUCCCAUAACUCCAUCCAGCCUUCCCACUCCAGUCACAGUGCACUCCUAAGCAGAGUUACACAUAUAGAAGGGGUUAUAGAAGGGUGUAAAUCUGUUCAGGAGUGCACUGUCAGUGGAACUUCUAACUUGCAUAACUUGUUUGAGCAGCGUGUGAAGGGUGAAUGGAGGAGUCAAACACACAAUGCCCAUUCCCACUACUGCUGGUAUGCUGCCUGUGGGGUGGGUCAAAACAGGGCUCUUUUGAAGGGUCCCUCCAUGUGCCUGCACAGAGGAGCACCAUACCCUAAGUGUUCAAAGUUUUUAUAUAAAUAACAAACACUACUGUGUAUUCUUUCAAUUGCACAAUAUUUGUUUGGUGUGUGGUUGCUGUUUAAUGUAAAAGGAAGAGAGAGAAAAGACCUUCCCUAGUGGUGUCCUACUGUGAAGAAAAUUCUUGUUAAAUUGGCUUAAAAGCAUCAAAAUCUCAUUGUAAGUUACAGUGAUACAGUCUGUAAUUUUAACUAGAGGAAAUUGUUUAAAUUACUGUUUUGCUUGCAUAUAAUUAAAACCUAGAAUAAUACAAGCAAAAUAAAUGAAAUGCUCCAUUUUACGUUUGAAUUGAUAUGAGAGAUCUGCUGAUGUCUGAUGUAAAGGUUUCUCAUUACUGAGUGUGUAUAGUAAAGUAUUACGACAGCAAGUAAGGUUGUAUGUAUAUUGAUUACUGUGAGUUACAAGAAAAAAGUGUUUUAACUCUUUUUCAUUUAAAGAUUAUUGUUGAAAUCUUGCACUCCCUGUAACUCAUAAUACUAAAUAAUUACAUAUGAAUUAUUUACUCCAAAAUUCAAAGAAAUACCUGUUUCUUCUGAAAGUUUCUUUAGAAGGAAUAGUCUGCUGCUCUGUUACUGUAUUCUGUAGAUCCAUUGACAUUUAUAGCUUCGCUUCUAACUGCCCUGUCCUGAAAGUAUUGAUGUUGAACCCCUCCCCAACACUGGAAAAAUUUUAAACAGUAAUCUGGUAUUAAAUCCUCCUAACCUAAAAUAGGUCUUCAAGUUUCUGUCCACAUGAAUUGGUCUUAUAUUUACAUUAAUUUGAGACGCACAUUCAGCUUCUUUAAGUUAUAGUUUCCAAAUAGGAUGGUCCUUACACAGAUUUUGUGUAUUGCACUAAGGUGUCUUGCAAAGCUAAGAUAUGUAUGAGUGCUCUCUGUGAUGAUAGUGAAGUUUGUGGGUUCUGGUUUUUCCUGUAACUUGGUUUAGAUUGUGCAGUAUAUUCCAUUGUUUCUGUGCUGACUUUAUUCCAAGCAUGAAAUUAGCAUAUUAAAUUUGUAUUUUCUUGGUACUUAUUUAAAAUUUAAGACCACCCCAGUAAUUGACUUUACAAUUCAGAAAGAAAGUUUGG